AUGGAAAGGGCAUUGGUUUGUACCAACCCUAAGAAGAGGAAGCUGGUGAUAAGUGACGACGACGGUGAUAUUGGAAUACGAAGAGUGUCCAGGUUCAAGGUUUUGUUGCCGAAUGGAACCAGUGUGGAAUUGACAGUUCGGAGUGCGGAAAAUGAAAUGCAUGUUGGAGAUUUCGUUGGAUUAGUUCGAGAAAAGUAUUUGGAACUUAAGAGAAAAUGUGAAUGGAUGAAGAAGAAAAGAGAUAUAAAUUGGAAGGGUAGUGGUUUGUAUAUCGAGGAUGCUGAUAAUAAUAAGAUCACAAAUGUGAUUGACUUCAAAAAUUUCAUGCCUCGCAAGUGCCAUAUUUUGCGCCUUAAUGACGGGAGUAGCGAGGUUGCUCAUAUCUUUGAGAAUAUGUGGGACUUAACACCGGAUCCAGAUUUGCUGCUGGAGCUUCCUGAAGAAUAUAAUUUUGAAGCGGCUAUUGCUGACUUGAUUGAUAAUGCUUUGCAAGCUGUGUGGUUCAACGAGAAAAAUAAUCGGAAGCUAGUUAGAGUAAAUGUUACUGACGCUAAAAUUUCAAUUUUUGACAAUGGUUCUGGAAUGGAUGACUCCGAUGAGAAUUCACUAGUAAAAUGGGGAAAGAUGGGCGCUUCAAUUCACAGAUUAUCAAAAUCAACGGCUAUUGGGGGAAAACCCCCAUACUUAAAGCCUUGCUUUGGGAUGUUUGGAUAUGGAGGACCUGUAGCAUCUAUGCACCUAGGGAGGCGUACACGUGUUUCAUCCAAAACAAAACACGUAAAGAAAGUCUACGUGUUACUUCUUCAGAGAGAAGCUUUGUUAAGUAGAUCUCAUUCUGAAGUUACAUGGAAGACCAAUGGUGGCAUAAGAGAACCUUUAAAGGAUGAAAUUAGUAAUUCUGAUGGCAGUUUUACAAAGGUUGAUAUUUUGGAGCCAAAAGUAAAAGGUGUUGAUAUUAACAAACUCCAGUGCCACCUCAAGGACAUAUAUUUCCCCUACAUUCAGAAUGAUGACUUGUCUGCCAAAGGGAAGACUAUUACACCAAUUGAGUUUCAGAUCAACGGUGUUGAUCUGACAGAGAUUCAGGGUGGGGAGGUUGCAACUACCAAUUUGCAUUCUUGCAAUGGUCCUGAAUUUGUUUUGCAGCUUCGUCUGUCAAUUAAAGAUGACCAUGAUGGUACAAGAGGGUUCCACGAAGCAAAUGCACGCCUUAGAUUUGUAUAUUUCCCUUUCACAGAGGGAAAGGAGAGUAUUGAGAGGGUUUUGGAAAAGUUAACGGCCGAUGGUUAUAUUAUAAGAGAAAACUUCCAAAAUUUUAGCCGAGUCUCCAUUAGGCGGCUUGGUCGUCUCCUUCCAGAUGCUCGUUGGACUUUCCUUCCUUUUAUGGACUUCAGGAGCAAAAGAGUAAAUAGCAGUAGAGCAAGCAUAUUGAAGAGAUGUUCUCUGAGGGUUAAAUGCUUUGUAGAAACUGAUGCUGGUUUUAAGCCAACCCAGUCAAAGACGGAUUUAGCUCACCACAAUCAUUUCACCGUGGCUUUGAAGAACUUAGGAAGUAAAGUUUCAGACAAAGAGACCGCUGUUUUUGUUGAAAUUAGCACGGGUGCAAAAAUGUUAACUCUUGCGCAGCUCGAAAAGGAGUACCAGGAGUGGGUAAUAAACAUGCACAAUCAAUAUGACGAAGAAGCUGAUGCCACCGCUGAGGAUAACCCAGUUAUAAUUGUCAGUCCACCAAACAAGAAAGCACUUGGCAUUUCUAAAGAGGUCGCCAGAGUUCACCAGAUUCUGAAAAGAAAGGAAAAAUCAUGGACUCAUGGACAGAGAAUUAAAGUGUUAAAAGGAGCAUGUCCUGGGAUUUCCAACAACGUUUAUGCAACCAUAGAGUACUUUUUGCUUGAAGGAUUUGAAGGAGACCCGGGUGGAGAAGCUCGGAUUAUAUGCAGGCCAAUAGAUAUCCCUGAUGAGAAGGGGAGUUUUCUCUCCGGCAAUGAGGAAGACCCCACAUUGAAUGUUGGUAGCUCAUUGUCUAUACCUAUAACCGUUAUCGACACAGAAAAGCUUGUAGCUGUUGGAAGUGUUGAAUGGGAGAAUCGACUUAAUAAGAUACAACAGAAAUCUCCUGUUGGAAGUGUUGAAUGGGAGAAUCCACUUAAUAAGAUACAACAAAAAUCUCCUGCUUGUUUUGACACGCCGAUCCCAAACCAUUAUAAACGACAGCAAGUUGGGGUGGUGGACUCAGUCAGUAAAAGUUGUGACAAAAGAGUGACAGGGAAACCUUCUCAUUGUCCCGAGAAGUACAAACUUCUAACCGAUGACCAAAGUCCAGAGCUAGAUGUAAGGGCUGGUUCUAACUUUCCACCCUUAGCCAUUGCAUGUUAUGACAUCCAUGGUAAUCGAGCACCAUUUAAAACAAUUGCGGAUGUGGCUAUCCAACUUCAGGCAGCUGAGAACUUGUACUUCAAAGUACAUGGAAUGAAGAUUGGACUCUCAACUGAUAAUAUGAUUUUAAAAAUCAUGGAUGCAAUGGUCACAAGUAAUGAAUUGGACAAGAUAAGGCCCAGCUAUAGAACUACUUUGAUUAUUACUUCAAAACAAAUUCCAUUGUCACUAACCUUUCCGUGUCGAGUUUUUCCUGGUUAUCCCAGACAUGUUGUACUGAAGCCUGAGAUAAGAGAAGACCAACUACUUCCAGGUUUCAUUUUCAAGGAGUUAAUGUUGGAGGUGUUUGAUACAUACAGAAACCAUGUGUCUGAAGGCAUGGAGGUUGAUAUUGUUGUGGCUGGAUUUGAAAUGCUAAAUCAUUGCAGUACUUCAUACAAGGUGGAUGAUAAAGGAAAAAUUAAUCUUACUGGUCUGCUAAAGUUAACUGCGGGUUACGGAGAAAUUGCAUCCAUAUCUGUUGUUUUUCAAAAUACAAGUAUUUUCCAGCAAGAGUUUUCAAUUGCGGGAAGAAGCUUGAGAAUUGCAUCAAAGGUGCCUGAUUUUUGUGCUGCUGGAGGUCAGCUAGAAAACAUUGAAUUUGAAAUCGUCAAUAUUGAUGGAGAAGUAGAUACGAAAAUUCAUCACGAUGAUCAAAAUUGUCAGUUUCAUAUGCUUACAAUUAAGUCAGACUUCUUCAGUGCAGAGGAAUCUAUACGGUACACUUUCAAGCAUGGACGCUGUACUAUCCCAUCCAUCUGCGUUCCUGAAAUUGAGGGGACUUUUAGUUUUGAAGCUUGCCAUACACAAUAUUCCAGGCUAUGUCAGGAUGUAGAGGUUGAAGUUAUCAAAAUGUCCAAUGUGAAAGAUGUUACACAACUUCCCCCGGAUAUGAACAUUUUGCCCCCACAGGAACUAACACCACUUGAUCACGAAGACAACUUAAUGGUCUCUAUCUUAAAUAAUGAUGAGAAGGAACUUGGAAAGAUUUUGCGACUUGGAGAGAAAAUUAAACAAGUCGAAGAAUGUCUUGAAGUUUGUUCUAAGCAAAAGGAUGAGAUUGAGAAAGAUAUGUUGAUGCUGCAAGAUGAUGUUCAACAUUAUCAUUUAGACUAUGUGGACUCUGGGUUCACCUACACAAAAGAGGAAAUGACUACAAAAAUUAGAAGCAUGGAAAAUUCAGCAGCUUCUGUCCUUUGCAGUUUGACUACGGACAAAAAGCAACACAAGAUUUUCCUGGAAGAUAUAAUUGGGGUUGUUGCCCUCCUUGGUUCAGUUCAGAGUCCUGAGCUUAGCAAAAUUUUAGCUGAAUAUCUCGGGCAAGAGAAAAUGUUGGGUGUUAUUUGUAAAUCUUUCAAUACUGCAAUUUCUCUUGAGAAGUACAAACAAAAUGGAGAAAUCGAUUAUGUGCAUGCUUUGCAUGCUGAAGCAGCUGAUCUUGGAAAAGCUAUUAGCAAGCGUUUUUUUGUCAUGUCCUUUGAUGAUAUAAGGCCAUACAAUUCAAUUGACAGGCCACACAAUGGGUCCUGGCAUGAUAAUGACUCUCAGAGGAAGCUAUUCUUGCCUGAUCCCAAGAUGCCAAAUGGGAGAACGCCAGUAGGCUUUAUGGGUUAUGCAGUUAAUAUGAUUGAUCUGGACACCCAUCACCUGCAGAUAAAGACAACUUCAGGGUACGGGCUUCGCGAGACCGUGCUCUUUAGCCUUUUCAAGAAACUCCAUGUUUAUAAAACUAGAGAGAAUAUGGUGGAUGCUCUUCCCUGUAUAGAGGAGGGUGCUGUAUCAUUAGAUGGUGGUAUUAUAAGAGAAAAUGGAACUCUUUCUCUUGGUUAUGGGAAUCCUUGUAUAUGCUUUCCUUGUACAAACAAGUUGGACAUUUCUCCCGAAGCUAGGGAAAUAUUGACUAAGAUUGAAGGAAAAAAAGAAGCGCUGCUGCGGAUUGAAAAAAAUAUCGAAAAAGUAACUAAACAUCACAAGAAGUAUCUACAAAAAUUUAAGGAAAAAGAGAAGAAAUAUAAUAAUCUUAUGGAUACAAUGAAGACCGAGGUAUUCCCUAAAUAUCCUCUGGUAGACUGA